UGGACCAGAGGGCAUGGUAACGCUCGCCUUCGGAACCGACGCCACUUGGUCCGAUCUCAAGCACGAAAUAUCUCAAAAGACAGGAGUCGCGGAUUUCGACCUCAAGUAUGGCUACCCUCCACAGCAGCUAAAUACAGAGUCCAUCGAUGGCGAUGUCAAGCUCACCGAUAUGCCUCACAAACUCAACGGCGAGCAACUCACCGUCGUACCGCGAACCUCCAUGUCCGCCAAACUGUCAAGUCCACUAGGAGGAACUACACGAGGGACACAAGCUAUUCCAACACUCCCUCCCACGAAAGUCACAGCGCCGAGCCCGUCCUCCGAAUAUCCUGCCACGCCCCUCAAUCUCACACGCAAACCAAAACCCAGCCUCGAAAAUGAACCCCCAGAAGUCCCGAUCCCCUCUCUCGAAGGAAUCAUGGUUCUCCGCGUCAUGCCCGACGACAAUUCCUGCCUCUUCCGCGCCCUGUCCACCGCCGUGCUCGGAGCUGCAUUAGACGGAAUGACCGAACUACGAUCCAUCGUCGCGCAGACCAUCAUCGGCAAUCCCGAACUCUACACCGCCGGUGUGCUCGAGAAAUCCCCCGAGGAUUACUGCCGGUGGAUCCAGCGCGAGGAUAGUUGGGGCGGAGGGAUCGAGCUUGCGAUUCUCAGCCAGCACUUCGACGUCGAGGUGUGUAGCGUGAAUGUGCAGGAUCUCCGCGUCGAUCGAUUCAACGAAGGCAAAGGUCGCGCGAGGGUGAUUGUGGUGUAUUCGGGGAUCCACUACGAUGUAUGCGCGGUGACUCCAUUUCGGGGCGCGGACCCAGAGUUGGAUCGGAAGGUUUUUGAGGUGGUGCGGAUGGGAGGGGAGGGGGGAGAUGAGGAGGUGGAAGAAUUCGAUGGUGGCGCGUUGGCGGGUGCGUUGGAUUUGUGUAGGGCGUUGCAAAAGCAGCAUUACUAUACUGAUACGCACGGGUUUGCAUUGAAAUGUAAUCAGUGUGGUGAGCAGGGCAAUGGGCAGCAAUGGGCGGUUCAGCAUGCGCGCACCUCAGGACAUGGCGAUUUCGGAGAGGCCGAUUGAGGGAGGAUGCACCAAGAAAUUUUUACAUUACAGUCGCCCGGGAAGAGAAUUUUCAGAUUGGAAAUUUGUAAUAAUUCGUGAAGCAUACCGCCGAUCUAGCAUAUCUAUUCCAAAUUUUAGACGAGAAAAAUAAAGCCAUGUAUGGUACUACACGGACGACCAGCAAC